AUGGCGCAAGUCGUCUUGCAGAGUCCAAGGGGUUCGGCUUUACGAGGCACCAGCAAGCUGCAACUUCUGGCAAGGACCCUUCCCAUAACGGGCGCUAUCUCGAUGCUCUUGGCCUUGAUUUUUGAGCCCGGCGCCACCACUGCCCUGCAAGCCGCUGUGGCGCCCAACCUGCUGGCACGGGUAUUGAUGGUGGCCAUGGGGCUGACAGCGAUGCUUUACGCGGAGCUGAAACUGGUCAGCCUGCUAUCUGCCGUGGCCUUCAACGUUUUGUCCACGCUCCACCAGAUUCCUAUCGUCCUAGCAGGUGUGGUCUUCCAGCACAACACAGUGAGUCAGAGUUCCGUAGCAGGCUUUACCUGUUGCAUCUUUGGUGCGCUGGUCUAUGCCCUCGCGAGGUACAACGAUACCCACUGA